AUGCAAUUAUUGAGAAGAGUGUAUCAAUUUGGCUCAACAAAACACAGAUUUGCUUCAGAUAUUAAAAGCACAAAUAGACAGAAAAUGAACUUGUUUCAAGCAAUUAACAAUGCUCUUGAUAUAGAAUUAGGAGCAAAUCCAAAGUACGUCAUAAUAUAUAAGAAAGGGCAUUAUUAUUUGGAGAAGAUGUUAAAUUCGGAGGUGUUUUUCGAUGCUCAUAAGGGCUGAAUGAAAAGUACGGCACUGAUAGAGUAUUCAACACUCCAUUGUGCGAACAAGUAAGAAGGAAUUAAAAUAUUUAGGGAAUCGGUGCUUUUGGGAUUGGAUUGGCAAGUGUAGGAUACACAGCAAUAGCAGAAAUUUAGUUUGGUGAUUACAUCUUCCCAGCGUUCGAUUAGAUAGUCAAUGAGGCAGCUAAAUUCAGAUAUAGAUCCGGGAAUCAAUUCGAUUGUGGAAGUUUGACAAUUAGAUCUACUUGGGGAGCAGUAGGUCAUGGGUAAGAAUAAGAGUGUACAAUUUAGUGCCUUAUAUCAUUCGUAAUCUCCAGAGGCUUACUUUGCUCAUACUCCAGGAUUAAAGGUAGUAGUACCUAGAGAUCCAAUACAAGCAAAGGGAUUGUUGCUUGCAUCGAUAAGAGAUAAGAAUCCAGUAAUAUUUUUUGAGCCCAAGGCAUUAUAUCGUAAUGCUGAGGAUGAAGUUCCUUUGGAUGAUUUUGAAGUAUGAUGAAAAUGGAAUGAAUUUUAGUUGGAGUUAUCCAAAGCCGAAGUGGUUCAAUAAGGGAAGCACAUCACAUUGAUUGGAUAUGGAACAUAAAUAAGAGUGUUGAAGGAGGCAGCUAAGUUGGCAGAAAAGGAUGGAGUAAGUUGUGAGAUAAUUGAUUUAUAAACAAUAUAUCCAUAUGAUGGUUAGACUCUAGUGGAUUCAGUGAAGAAGACUGGAAGGUAUUGAAUUGAUGGAUGAAAUAGAUGCAUAAUAUCACACGAAGCCCCUUAGACAUGUGGCAUGGGAGCUGAAUUAAGUGCUUUUAUUUAAGAGAAGUGUUUCUUGCAUUUGGAAGCACCAAUAAAAAGAGUGACAGGCUAUGACACACCAUUUCCAUUAGUUCAUGAACCAAUUUAUUUGCCAGACAAGUUUAAAAUUUACGAGGCAAUAAAACAGAGUGUAAAUUAUUGAUAA